CAUGGCGGGGCGGGCCGGAGCCGGGGUUGGGGUGAUGCCGCCGCCGAGGCAGGGCAGGAGGCGGUGGUUCCGGCCGGCGGCACGGGACGCGGCGAGAGCCCCGAGGGGGGCGCUGGCGCUGCCCCCGACGGCGGCGCGGGACUUCUCCGCCAACUGGCGGGCGCUGCAGGAGGUGCUGAAACAGAAGACAGCCGACUUGGCAAAAUCCCUCCCAGCUUCCAAAACGUCUUCCAAGCCACAGCACGCGACGAAAGAUGUCGAAGGGAUUCCAGCCGUCUAUGGCAGCAGGAACACGGUAAAAUUCAAGGCUGUAAACCAGAUGGAGGGUGAUUCUGGCCAAGCUGGACCUUCUCCGACAAAUGCGAAAUCGGAGAGAACUGCGCCAGGCAAGAGCCUGGGUGAUGCCCGGAGCAACAGAAAGGAGUUCAAGACAAAAAGGGAAGACGGCAAUAGUGAGAAGAAGCAGGGGGACAUAAAGCAUAAAAGGAGGAAAGCUGAAGAGCACGCAGCAGAACAGCCGCCAACAGAGGAUGACAUCUGGUUUGAUGGGGUUGAUCCAGAGGAUAUUGAAGCAGCAAUAGGACCUGAAGCAGCAAAAGUUGCUAGAAGAAAAAUGGGACUUGAAAGCACGUCCAAACCAACUGUGGAACAGGUGCUGGUUAAAGAAAAGGCUUUCAGUGGACUUACAAAAGCUGUAGCCAUGGACUGUGAAAUGGUAGGAGUGGGGCCCCAGGGGGAAGACAGCAUUGUGGCUCGUGUGUCAAUUGUGAACCAGUUUGGAAAGUGCAUUUAUGACAAGUAUGUCAAACCUACGGAAAAGGUGACUGAUUACAGGACAGAAGUUAGCGGGAUACGGCCUGAGGACACAAAGAAGGGAGAAGACUUUAAAAAGGUUCAGGAGGAGGUGGCUGACAUCUUGAGAGGAAGGAUUUUAGUUGGGCAUGCUGUCCACAAUGACUUAAAGAUCUUGUUUCUUGACCAUCCUAAGAAGAAUAUUCGGGACACGCAAAGAUAUAAACCUUUCAAACAGAAAGUCAAAAGUGGACGCCCAUCACUGAAACUGCUUUGUGAGAAACUGCUGAAUGUGAAAGUGCAGACAUCGGAGCAUUGUUCGAUUCAGGAUGCACAAGCAGCUAUGAGACUGUACACACUUGAGAAAAAGCAGUGGGAAGCAGCUAUCAAGGAAAAAAUCAAACUUAAGAAAAAAUAAAACUUUAAUCACUCAGAGAAAGCAAUCUGAAACUGACAGUGGUUACUUUUUUCCAUAUAUGCAAGAACAAGGCUUUCAAAGGGAAUGUGUCAUAAAAGCACCAUGAGCUGGAGGUUGAAAACUUGGAGAUCUUCAUCCACUGCAGUGAUUGCCUGCACAGCGCUAUGGGAAGCCCUUGUGUACUCUGCUAGUACAGUGUAUCAUUGUAUUUAUUAUCCUUUCUUACUUGAAACUUUGGCAACACAAGAUCCUCCCACCCUGGGGCCUGCUUCUGGGAAACCAGGUUAUCUACUCUUUCCUCUUCCUCCUGUAUGUAGUGGUAUACCUAUUGUUUUUAGCCAUCUAAGCUCUGCAUACAGUUAAUAUGUCCUGGAAGGUGUUAAUUCCUCAACUGAAAGACAAUGCUGCUCCAAGCCUUAGCUGGAAGUAAAUUAGAAACUCACCACUCAGCUCUAAGUAUUUUUUUUUUUUAUUUAGAUUUCCAAGGAGAAUGACAUUUACUUUUGGCUUUUAAGUAAUUAGGAGCAACACCAACUACUACACCCCCAAUCCCACUCUUUCUUGUGCCACCUUGACAAGCAGAAUCUAAGCAGCCUGUUGUAUGGUUCCUAUACUUGUUCAGUCCUAAGGUGAAUGAAACUCAAAAGAUGAA